AUGCCGCCAUACGUACUCACAGAUAUGUUGCAUGGACACCGCGCUGCCUUCGAGCCGGCAACGAUACCCAUCGCCAAAGAGCUACAGUCCUACGAUUCUCCUGUAUCUGUCACGGAAGACUCAUCACUCAACGAGACCGACAAAGAUGCUGUGCGAGCCGUCCGUCGCAAGGUCGACCGUCGACUGCUUGCCUUCUACUGCGUGGUGUACCUGUUCAUGCGGAUCAAUGCCACCAACGCAACAAACACGGCCAUCAUGAAUGCGAAGACGCCACAGAACAUCAAGAUCCAGCUUGGCAACCUCACCUCCUCGCAAUGGGCUUGGAUCAUCUCAAUCUUCUCCUACCCAUAUAUGUUCUUCGAGCCGCCUUCCACGCUCCUCCUGAAGCGCUUCACGCCAAGAGUCUGGAUGUCCAGAAUCAUGAUCACAUGGGGAGCCAUCUCGAUGUGUCAAGCCGCAACUACCAACUACUCCGGGAUGCUAGCCUGUCGCUUCUUCCUAGGUCUCGCAGAAGCUGGAUACUAUCCCGGCGUUUUGUACCACUUAUCCUUCUGGUAUCCCGCGAAGAAGCUGCCACUCAGGAUCGCCGUCUUCUACUCCUUCGGUGUCUUUAGCGGCACCGCAUCUGGGUUCCUGGCGUAUGCAAUAAGCUACAUGAACAAGCUCCAUGGCCUCUCUGGUUGGCAGUGGAUGUUCAUCCUCGAGGGCAUCCCGGCCAUUUUCCUUGGCAUUGUAGCCUGGUUCACACUGCCAAACUUCCCGUCCGAUACCAAGACGUCCAAACUUACCUCUUUCCUGUCCCAUUCCGAAAAGCAAACACUCAUUUCCGACCUGCCCGCCAACCAGCCUGUCGGCACUGCCAAAACCUGGGAUCUCAGCGAAGCUCGAGGGCUGGUCACUGACCCGACCUUUUACUCCUUCAACAUGCUCUGGAUCUGCCACUCCAUUGGAGGGUGGGGCAUCUCACUCGUCCUCCCGACUGUCAUCUACGAACUCGGACUGCAGGGGUCCACUACGACACAACUCAUGACUAUGCCGACCUACACAUUCGGGUGCUUGUUUAUGUGCUUCUUUGGCUGGCUUAUUCAUCGUGGCACUCUGGGUCCUUGGUCCGUUAGUAUUGGCCUUGAGGUCGUCAUCUGUGCUUGCUAUGCGAUCUUGCUCACCGUCAAGAAGCCUGUGGUCAAGUAUAUAUUCGUCUCACUGGCCACGGCAUGUGUGUCCUGUGUCUAUCCGCUGAUGUGGCCGGAGCGGAUUCGCGCCGCGAAAGGCACGACGGGGGCGGGUCUGGGGAUUGGAAUUACCAACGCUUGUGCGCAACUGGCGGGCAUCGUCGGGCCACAGAUCUAUCAAACGAGGUACGGUCCGGGCUAUAGGUUGAGCUUCAGUGUAAGUAUAGGUAUGUUGGCUGGCGCGGUGGCAAUGAUGGCGGUCACGUUCUGGAUUGUUCGGGGACGGGAUCGGAAGAUCGAGCAGGAGAGGGCGGCAAGAUUGGAUGCGGAGUAG